AGUGGCAGCAGAGAAAGCAGGGCACCCAGAGGAGCCCCUCUGCCUUACCAAAUAUUUCAGCAUUGUAUGGUGCAAGGCCUCAAAGAAAAAGCAUAAGAAGUGGGAAGGUGAUGCUGUUCUUAUAGUGAAAGGAAAGUCAGUGAUGCUCAAGGAUAUGGAAGGCAAAGACAUUGGAAGAGGCGCCGGAUAUCAAAUGAGAGACUUAGAAAAUCUCACUGAAGGUCAAAGUCUGAUGAUUGGAAGCAAGGAAAUUGAAGUGAUAGGUGUGAUACUGGAAGAGGACUUUAAAAGUGGCAAGUGCUUUCAGUCUGGUCUGGAGGCCACAGAGGAUGUUUGGAAUUCCCCAGUUGCUUCUGCAAAGCGAUUUUGUAACCCUUUCAAAAAUGUUUGCAAAUCCAAUACUAAAGAAAAUUGCCCUAACUAUAAACCACGUCAUGAUCCAUUUGCUCCGAAUUCCUUAGUUAUGCCAUAUCCGUGCCCAAGUCACCAGCGAUUGUUCAACAAGUCAGAUUUGCCUGUUGUGGAUGUGGUUGUAGAUCCUUACAUCACAAGCCAUCUUCGCCCACAUCAGCGAGAAGGAAUUCCCUUUCUUUAUGAAUGUGUGAUGGGAAUGAGAGUGAGCAAUAGAUUUGGUGCCAUUCUUGCAGAUGAAAUGGGCUUAGGAAAAACACUGCAGUGUAUUUCACUCAUCUGGACACUCCUGCGUCAAGGACCUUAUGGAUGCAAGCCUGUAAUAAAACGAGCCCUGAUAGUAACUCCUGGAAGUCUGGUGAAGAACUGGGGAAAGGAAUUUCAAAAAUGGUUGGGAAACGAGAGAAUCAAAGUGUUCUUAGUUGAUCAGGAUCACAAAGUGGAAGAAUUCAUGAAUUCCCCCCUUUAUUCAGUCCUGAUCCUUAGUUAUGAGAUGUUUCUACGGUCUGUGGACCAAAUUCAGAAGACAGAAUUCAGCCUUGUCAUCUGUGAUGAAGGUCAUCGUUUGAAAAACAGUUCUAUUAAGACAACUGCUGCUCUUCUCAGCCUCUCCUGUGAAAGAAGAAUUAUUCUUACUGGUACUCCAGUACAAAACGAUCUGCAAGAGUUUUAUGCUUUAAUAGAAUAUGUAAAUCCUGGAAUACUUGGUCCCUUGUCUGCAUACAAAAAACUGUAUGAGGAGCCUAUUCUCAGAUCACGAGAACCUUCAGCAGCUAAGGAAGAAAUUGACCUAGGUGAGAGAAGGGCAGCAGAGCUCACGCAUCUAACGGGAUUCUUCAUUCUUAGAAGAACGCAAGAGGUCAUCAACAAAUUCCUCCCCCCCAAAAAGGAGAGUAUACUUUUCUGUCGUCCAGCAGUGUUGCAGAUUUCUCUUUAUCGAGCUCUGUUAAACUCUCAGGUUGUUAGAUCUUGCCUACAAGGAAGUCUGGAGAGUAGCUCACAUUUAAUAUGCAUUGGGGCUUUGAAAAAACUUUGCAACCAUCCCUGCCUUCUCUUGAAAGCAAUACAGAAGAAAGAAUCUGAAUCUUCUUGUGAUAACCGAGAUCAACCAAACCAUUAUGAUGGUUUACGUGAUAUUUUUUCUCAAGAAAGUGCUCAAACAAAUUUCUCUGAGAAUGACUCAGGAAAGUUGAAGGUGCUGACACAGAUGCUGGUAGCAAUUCGUGAACUCGGACCUUCAGAAAGAGUCGUCGUGGUAUCACACUAUACACAGACGUUGAAUAUAUUACAAGAAGUGUGCAAACGUUGUGGAUAUUCCUAUACUAGACUUGAUGGCAGCACCCCUGUCUCCCAGAGGCAACAGAUAGUUGAUAGUUUCAAUAGUAAAUUUUGCCCAGCCUUCAUCUUUCUGUUAAGUUCAAAGGCUGGCGGUGUAGGUUUGAACCUUGUUGGAGCAUCUCAUUUAAUCCUGUAUGAUAUUGACUGGAAUCCAGCAACUGAUGUUCAGGCAAUGGCCAGAGUGUGGAGAGAUGGACAGAGGCAUACGGUGCAUAUUUACAGACUACUCACUACAGGCACAAUAGAGGAGAAAAUCUAUCAAAGACAGAUCAGUAAGCAGGGUCUCUCUGGGGCAGUUGUAGACUUUUCCAAGGGAUCUGAGCAUAUCCGUUUUUCCGUUGAAGAACUUAGAAACCUCUUUACCUUGCAUGAAGAUUCCAACUGUGUGACCCAUGAUUUGCUGGAGUGUAACUGUAUGGGAAAGAAAGAUAAUCAAGGUUGUCCUGUAGAAAAAGACUGCCAGAGUAGCCAAACUGAUGUGAAAUCCAAAAAGUCUCUCUCUAUGUCACAGCUGAUGCAAUGGAAACACUUCUGUGUGGAUCACAAAAAUCUUCCUGAUCCCUUCCUUGACAGGAUAAAAGACAACAUUACAUUCGUUUUCCAAAAUAUGACCAGUUGAGGGCAAGAUAGCCUCUUCUUAGUCACAGUGGUUUUGUAUUCAUUAGGGUAUUAUCAUAGGAUUACUGUGGAUAAAGAGCAUAUAUCAAGGUUGACACUGUAUUAUACUUUUAAUCCUUAAAAUAAACAGGGGGGAAAUAUUCUUUGCUACCACUUUUUCUCACAAUAUCUCAUCAUUAUAACAAUUUUGCCAUAUUUGAUAAUUCAAUCUAACCCAUCCAAGACACUUUCUUAAACUGAUGAUAAGAACAGAAACAGAAAGGGUUUCUUUUAAUCAUGGUUAUUUUCUUCCUCCAUCAAUAAAUAAGCUUGGAUUUGUUCUCAGAAUUGGUACGUCAAAGAAGAUAUAUUGCAUUAUAUAGUUAUGAGAUUUAUUACAUUUUCUAAAUAGUGAGGAGACACUAUUUUCUUCCUCGGUGAAGAAAUAUCUAUCUCUGCCCCUGCCCCUCUAGCAUCUCAGACUUCAUCAAAUAACUAUUAUAGCCCCAGUGAGAAAUUUUCCCAUGUCAUAUGCAUCUCUUGGAUAGUGCCUUUGAUGCAAUAUAUGAUGACUGGCAUGAUUUUAUCUCUGCAUCCAUUCC